UUUUUUUCCAAAACGCCAUUUGUAACUUUGCAAGCUCUGCAAAUUAAGCGAGGAAUCAUAUAGAAUCAUCAUUUACGUUACCAGAUCAGUAUGAUGAAAAGGCCAGUGUUUGAUGCUAAAAUCAGUAGACAUUGAUACGAAGUUGAUGCUUUCAUCUAAGGAGAAGCAGUUGUUAAGACAUGUAAUAUAUUAACAGAUUGGUGUGAUGUAAAGGCCAGUGAAUGUUGAUUUGAAGUUGAUGAGUAUGUUUUAAAAAGUAAGGGAAGAAGCUGUAUAACAUGUAAAGCUGUGAGUGACAUUGACAUAGACACUAAACAUACUGUGCUCCUGUGUUUGGUGAAAAGUUGAUUACUCUUCAGGUUGUUAAAAACAAGACUUGCAGACUGAUGAUUGGUUUGAGAAAUAUUGCAUUAACUAAUUAUGUUCACAGUUUCUAGGAUUUUGGUUGCUUGGAGAAUAUUAAGAAGACAUUUGAAUGUAGAUAAGAGGCAUUUUAAAAUGAUAUAAUGAAAUAAAUGCAAGAAAAUAAAUUUGUGAAGAUGGUAUAGUUGAUAUACAAGGAAAGGAACCAGACAUAUGUCAGUCCAAUGAAUUCAUAUCUAAAUUUCUGCACAUAGAGAUGUUGAGAUGGAACCAGAACGAGAAUCUCACAUGGACAGCCAUUCUGAAGAAAGACCAUUUAAAUGCACUGUUUGCCACAAAACAUUUACAAUGAAUCAUUAUUUAAAGUUACAUAUGCAGGUUCAUAAUAAAGAGCGACCAUUUGAAUGCAUUAAAUGCAAGAAAACAUUCAAAAUGUCUCGUCGUUUAAAGGUUCAUGUGUGCAUCCGCCCAAAAAGUCGACCAUUUGAAUGUUACAUAUGCAAGAAAUCAUUUAAGUCAUCCUACACUCUGAAGACACAUAUGCAUGUACACACCAAUGAGCGCCCAUACAAAUGUACCGUGUGUAAAACAGCAUUUACGUGGCCUGAUGGUUUGAAGGUUCACAUGCGAAUCCACACAAAAGAAAUUCCAUACAGGUGUACAAUCUGCAGCCGAGCAUUUUCUCAAUGUGGAACACUGAGCAAACACAUGCUUAUACAUACUGGAGACCGUCCUCAUACUUGUGUUAUUUGUGGAAAAGAAUUUUCUCAACUGAAUAGUUUAAAGUUACAUAUGAGUAUACAUAUAGGUGACCAAUAUGAAUGUGAGAUAUGUAAGAAGUCGUUCGGACAAUUACGAGCCUUAAAAAGACACAUGUAUGUCCACACAGAAGUGCAACCUCAUGAAUGCACUGUUUGCAAAAAAAGGUUCUCUCGUAUAGACCAGUUAAAGAUACACAAAAAUAUACACACCCGAGAACGUGUUUAUGAAUGUGAAAUUUGUAAAAAGACAUUAUUUCAUUCUUCAUCUUUUAAAUAUCACAUGCUGAAGCAUUCAGGAGAAUAUCCAGAGAGUCUUAGAUGUAAAGUAUGUUAUAAAGGUAUGCCUAAUUUUUAUAGUUUGAAGAAGCAUAUGAAAAUUCAUACUGAAGAACGUCCUUAUCAGUGUGAUAUUUGCUUGAAAAAAUUCCGCCAACGAGAAUCACUUAAGACGCACAUGAACAUCCAUUUAGAGGAUUGUCCAUACAAGUGCAAGAUUUGUACGAGAAAUUGUGGUAGUUCUGGUAGUCUAAAAUGUCAUAUGUUAACUCAUACACGUGAGAAAAAUUAUGAAUGUAAAAUAUGUAACAAAAAGGUUGCAAGGAAAUUUGACUUAAAGACUCACAACGCUAGGCACCAUGUGGCUAAGGGCCAAUAUGAAUGUGAUAUUUGCAAGAAAACAUUUCACCAGUCUGAAGGAUUAAAAACACACAUGUUAUUUCAUACAAAAGAACGUCCAUAUGAAUGUGAUAUAUGUAAGAAAACAUACAUUACACUUAGUAAUCUGAAGCUUCACAUGCGCAUUCACACUGGGGAAGCUCAUUUUGCAUGUGGUAAGUGCGGAAAGGUGCUAAGAAGUUCAGCGAGUCUAAAAAAACACCUGCAGAUUCAUGAAAAGGAGCCCUUUGUAUGCAACAUAUGUGGAAAAACUGUUGUCUAUAAGGAAAAUGUAGAGUUGCAUAUGACACUUUUCCAUUCUGAUAACCAAUGUCCUAAUGUUUGAGGUUUAAAUGUUUUGCACAGUUAUACUAAAAAUGUUUAAGGUACAUGAGAAUUCAUAUAGUAAAUAUAAUGAUAGCCAGAUCUAUGCUGGGUAUUGAAAGGGUAGUUUGAAGAUGCUGCCAGAAAAUGAAUUUAGGUCUGUGACAAACAAUCAGUAAUUAAAUCAAAUACAUCAUUUUCCAUUCUUAUGCUGUUCUUCAUUUUAAAUCAUUCUGUUUCUGUGAAAAGGGAGUUCAUUUAUUAACAUUAAUUGUAAUUAAGGAUUGCAAGAAUAGACAAGAUCAGAUAAACAGCUUAGAGUUACUUCGGCAAUCUUGUUUAUGAAUAGAUCUGUAGUAUAUUUAUAAUUUAGAAAUAUUAAUAUAUCCCAAACAAUGAUUUAUUGUUGAAUAAAAUCACUGUUUGGAGUUCUGAUGCAAAGGAAUUAUAUCCUGAGGGAAAAGCCCCAGUGACAUAAUAAUGUGCAUAUUGUUGACAAACGAUGAUUUUAUUAGCUCGAUCAACUAUUCACAAAAUAGUCGAGCUUUUGGACUUGCCCAUGCAUCCGCGUCCGUGUCCCGAUUUGGUUAAGGUUUUGUAUGUAAGCUGCUACCUCAGUAUCCACUUGUGGGAAUGGAUUGAAACUUCACAAACUUAUUCACUGUGAUAAACUGACUUACAGUGCACAGGUUCAAUAACUCUAUUUUUUGCUUUGUACAAAAUUAUGCCCCUUUUUCGACUUAGAAAUUUUUGGUUAAUAAGGUUUUGUAUGUGAGCUGGUAUCUCAGUACUCACUAAUGGGAAUGGAUUGAAACUUCACACACUUGUUCACUGUCAUGAUCUGACAUGCACUAAGCAGGUCGCAUAACGGAUUAACUCUACUUUGUUUUUUUGCACUUUAUAAGCACUGUGCAGGUUCCAUAACUUUUGUAUUUAUUCAAUUGACAAGGCUGUUGAAUAGUUGAGCCAUGCUGUCCUCCUACAGCUCUUGUUAAAGCUACAGUCACACAUACGGAUAUAUAUGUCCAUGCGUUGAGGUACGGUGCGAAUAGGAUUAGUCUGUGGGUGUAUAACUACGGAGCAGUACGUCUUAGUACGGGAAAAAUGGUGAGAAACAGGAAACAAGCAAAACAAUACAGGACGCAAAUAAGUACGGAUAGGUACGAGGUACUACGUGGAAUUUUACUGCGCCUUGCAGCUUGCCCAGCGCAUGGACGGGUCUGCGGUAAACUAUGCUUAAGUACGAGCAGCCACGGAUGGCUACGUUCAGCUACGGCGAGGUACGUAACAGCACGGAUAGCUACGUUUAAGAACGUUUAACUACGGAUGAAUAAGUUUCAGCCAAGUUGGACUAAAGUCACGCUCAAAUGGCUACGGUUUGCUCAAACUUUUGUGCAUGUUCAAAAGUUGGAGAAACUUGCAAGAAUGGAAUAAGUUUUGAAUACGUUUUGACCACGUCUUGGUACAGGUUAAUACGAAUGACUACUCUGAGGUACGGCUCAGGUACGGAUCGAUACGGAUUACUACGUUUCUGUCCGUAGCUAGACGUAGCUUUCCGCGCUGUAUGUGUGACUGGGGUAUAAAGAACAAAUCACUGUUUUGAGAUAUUUAUUUUGUUUAACUUUGCUGACAUCCACCAGAUAUUUGCCUAAUUUAUGAGUGUUUCUUUUUAACUGUGAUGUUUUAGUUGUGACAUGCAGAAGGUGAAUUGUUGCAUAACUAAACUGGCUCCCAUCCCUAUGUUUGUUCUGUCAUAUCUCAUAUAUAAAUUUCCUCAAGGACACGUCACGGCUUAGAUAGUUUAGCAUUAUUGCAAUACACAAUCGGUAUUAAAAUUGUGUUUCCAAUACAUAUGCUCAUUAGAUAAAUCCUCAAUAUCUAUGUGAAAACAAGGGAUGUGUUUUGUAUGAUUGCAAAACUGUGAGUUGCUCUAAUUAGUGACAAAUGACUGAAACAAUAGGAAUUCGUACGUGACUUAGAUAGACAAAACGACAGUGAGGUAACAAUAUAUUCUUUUAUUGUUUUAAUUUAUGAGUUGUAAGCUACAAUAUAGAAUACCAUUUUUAUGAAAAUCAAACUGGAAGUUAGAAAUAACAGAAAAAAAAUUUGGUCAUGAGUCAUCAUAUAACUGUCAAAAUUUGUCACGAGAGGUCAACAUUAUUUUUAUCUCUCUAUUCUGCAAAUGCAUUGUUUUUGUAAGUAUCUUGAUCGGAUACUGUAGUGUGUAACUUACUUUACAUUCUACAUUAAUAUUUGUGCUUGAAAUUGCUUUGUUGAGCUCACCGAAGUCAUGUAUGAAUUUCUAUUGUUUUAGUUUAUUUAUCUCCCCGCCAAAGGCGAAGGGGGAUAUUAGAAAUGCUCUGCGUCCGUCCGUCCACAACAAUCUUUAUUCGGAGCAUAACUCCAAAAGUACUGGAGGGAUUUUCUUCAAACUUCAUACACUGAUAGAACACAUUGGGAGCAAGUGCAGUGUGCAAGAACAAUAACUCUUCCUUGCCUAUUUUUUGAGUUAUUCCCCUUUAUCUUAUUUUCUUAAAAAAAAUUGUCCAGAGCAUAAAUCCAAAAGUACUGGAGGGAUUCUCUUCAAACUUUAUACACUGAUAGAACACAUUGGGAGGAAAUGCAGUGUGCAAGAACAAUAACUCUACCUUGCUAUUUUUUUGAGUUAUUCCCCUUUAUCUUAUUUUCUUAAAACAUUUUGUCUGGAGCAUAACUCCAAAAGUACUGGAGGGAUUUUCUUCAAACUUCAUACACUGAUAGAACACAUUGGGAGGAAGUGCAGUGUGCAAGAACAAUAACUCUACCUUGCCUAUUUUUUGAGUUAUUCCCCUUUAUCAUAUUUUCUUAAAAAAAUUUGUCCGGAACAUAUCUUUUUCAUGCAUGGAGGGAUUUUGAUAUAUGUUGGCAAAAAUGUUCACCACCACGAGGCGGAGUGUCUUGCGCAAGAACCAGGUCCCUAGGUCUAAGGUCAAGGUCACACUUAGAGGUCAAAGGAUACAAGAAUGAAAACCUUGUCCUGAGCAUUUCUUCUUCAUGCAUAGAGGGAUUUUGAUAUAACUUGGCACAAAUGUUCACCACUACGAGACAGUGUCAUGCGCAUGAUCCAGGUCCCUAGGUCUAAGGUCAAGGUCACACUUAGAGGCCAAAGGUUAGAUACAAGAAUGACUUUGUCCGAAGCAUUUCUUCUUCAUGCAUGGAGGGAUUUUGAUGUAACUUGGCACAAUUAUACACCAUCAUGAGACGAAGUGUCAUGCACAGUUCCUUUCUUUAGAAUUACCUCCCUUUGUUGUUACUUUAAAUAGCUUUUAUUGUAACUUUUUCAUUACUAGUCGUAGGGAAAAAUCGAGACCACUUUUCUGUAGUACAACAUGCAUGCUACAUCCAAUUUUGAGGUGUAUUUUGACCAAUCUCUACCUGGUAAAGAUUUUUGUGUGGACUUACAAUUUUUUUUUUUUUUUUUUUUUUUUUUUUUUAAAAGAUUAACUUCCCUUAGUUGUUACUAUAAAUAACUUAUAUUGUAACAUUUUUAUAAUAUUGACCAUAGGCAAAAACCAAGACCACUUUUCUGUGGUACAACAUGGAUGUUACUUUCCAAUUUUAGGUGUAUUUUAAGAUAUCUCUACCUGGUAAGGAGUUUUUUUGUGGACUUAGAAAAACAAAAGACUUACAAUGAUUACUAAACAACCACAAAAUUAAAAUUCCAUUUGCAAAUACAGCUGCUAGAGUAAACAAAUUUGCUCUGACGGGCAUAUAUUGUGACAUUCUGGCACUCGCAUUCCCUGUUAGCUUUCCAUUCCUUCUUUUUACAGUAGCCAUAUAGAAAAACAUCAUAGCUUUCCUGUUCAUGAAAAUUAAUAAAAUUUAGCAGUAAACCACCUCACCACUGACUUAUUCUUUCUUCCACAUCUUUAAAACCCCUGAUGCGGACCACAACUAAAUGGUUCUUCAAAGCUUUCCCCAAAAUUAAUAUUUUCAGACCCUAACUUGCUAGGAACUUUAGCCUUCAAUUAUAAUAUGCCCGGCGGGGGGAUUGGCCAUGUCUAACAUGGCUCUUGUUGUCUGUUAUAAAGGUACCAAAUCUCAAUAUUAAGAUAUAAGAAUUGUUCCUUUCUGGUAGACAACGGAAACUAUUUGGUUGAAUCAUAACAUAAAGGUUUUUGGAAAGAACUGAAUAUUCUUUUGUUUUUUGUUAUUCACCGGAAAUUAAAAACAUGACAUCACCUUAAUUAAGAGUGGAAGUAACUCCAGCAGGUUGUUUUUGUAUUGAAAAUUUUUAUUGCCCCUUGUCAUGAAAUCACGAGUAUUAUUUUCAUUAACGAAUUGAUUAUUUUCUAAAGUAUUAUUUGUUUUGAUAUUUAAAGUAAAGCAAUUCCUCAUGAAAUUAAUGUAGGUCAUACAUGUCUUCUUAGGAGCUGAUACUGUGAAAUCAUUUAUAUUUGUGGGGAACUAAUUUUCGUGGUUGAGUCAAUCCACGAAAUUCAACCCCAACGAACAAGUAAAAUUCCCAUUAAUUUUAUGUUCAAAAAUAAAAAUCCACAAAUUAAUAUCCCCACGAAAUUGCAGUUCUGACCAAAACCACGAAAUUUCAUGCCCACAAAAUUAAAUGAUUUUAAAGUAUUAUUUUGCUCCUACAUAUUGUUGUAUGCUCCUAAUAUUGUAUUAUGUAAGAUCUGUGAGGAUUAGUGAUGUGCAUUUCAUGUUGUAUUAUAUAAUUUUGACUUCAAGAAGAAAAAGUGCUAUAAAACUCUAGAAGUUAGAAUUUUGUAGGUCAUUACAAUGGAUUAGUGGUGAAAGAAAGAUAAAUUUGGAUUUAAAUGGAUUUACAAAUAAAAAGGAAUAUACUGAAUUUAUAAUGAUUAAAUUUUAUUGCUUUAUCAUUUAUGGCUUUGCGACCAGCAUGGAUCCAGACAAGCCUGCACGUAUAUGAGAAGCCUGGCUGGUCUGGAUCCAUGCUGGUUGCAAAGCCACUAUGUUGGUUUUCUCGUGGCGCAGCUCAUACGGUUUAGCCAUCAGAUAAAAUGUGUUAUUUUAGAGGCUUAAAAUUUACUUGUAAGAGCUGUGCAGUCUUUAAAAAAGUAACCAGGGAGCCAGGCAUUAUAAUAACACAUAAUUGUCAGUGUUCUAUGUUUACUAGGAAAACAAUGCAUGAGCCGUGCCAUGAGAAAACCAACAUAGUGGCUUUGCGAUCCACAAGAUCGAUCCAGACCAGCCUGCGCAUCCACACAGUCUGGUCAGGAUCCAUGCUGUUCACUAACAGUUUCUCUAACUGCAAUAGGUUUUGAAAGCAAACAGCAUGGAUCCUGACCAGACUGCUCGGAUGCGUAGGCUGGUCGCAAAGCUACUAUGUUGGUUUACUCACGGCGUGGCUCAAUUAUUAUAUUUUAAUAAUAAAUAUGAAAAGUUAGCAAUUAUUAUAUUCUAAUAAUAAAUAUGAAAAGUUAGCAAUUAUUAUAUUUUAAUAAUAAAUAUGAAAAGUUAUCAAUUUUUAUAUUUUAAUAAUAAAUAUGAAAAGUUA